GUUUCUCAGCUGCGACGGCUGGUUGUCCUCACGAUUAGGAGCAGAUCAGCUGCAGACUAAAGUCGCUAGUCGAGUUUCAAAUUCGAGUCGGUUUUGUUUUUGUAAACUCUGCGCGUAGUCCAGUUUUGUUUUGACUUGUGCUCGGCUGGAGUUUCGGUUUGCCUGGACGGAGCUGGGAAAGGGCAUCUGUACCCACCUCAAUACUCAAUCGAAGAAGAAUCGACGAAGAAAAAGGGAGUUGGCGAAACGGAUACAAAACUGAAGUUGGAUCGGUAAUCACCUGCCCGGCCAUAAACAACACAAGGGAGCACAGCCGCAUACGCAUACGCGUCUCUAAUGCCUUAUCAGUAGCAAGCAUCGUCGAGUGAAGUUGGAAGAGUCCGACAAAGGCCAACCUUUACCACUCAAUUUGGAUCUGAUGUGCCAUUCACGCGCUGUCUCGUAAAUUAAUGUCAUAAAUUAACUUUAGAUUUUUUCCGCUAACCGGUGGUCGGCAGCGGCUCGAAAACGCCUUUGCCCUCGAGAUACAGGGGCGGUCCCUAAUCGAAACCUGUCGCCGAGAUAAGUGUUUUAGUGAGUGUGUGACCCUAAGUUCCUUAUAUUACCUUAAUGCUUAAAAGAAAGUUAUAAUAUAAGCGGCAGAAAAUUUGUAGUGUGUGCAAUAAGAAAAGGCAAGCCAAUGGUGUCAGUCUUUAAGACAACGCUGAAGUGAUGCAUGUCUGCAAAGUUAUAGAUCACGUUGUGCGCACACUUAUUUUCGUCGGGCCUAACCGGUCAUCUAAUCGUGAGCAGUGUCAAGUGCCCCUUAACACAUUCAGGCCGGUUCUAGAGGAUUACCCAGAACCAACGUAGUACCGCAGCCCGUUUAAGAAGGCAUAACACUCGCAAAACACUAGGCAAAGCCCAAACAACGACAAACAUAACACGACCGACGGACAUCAUCCUUGGAAAUAGACCUCGUGUCAUUCCAAAAGACGCACAUGGGCGUCUGCACCGAGGAGCGCCCUGUGAUGCAUUGGCAGCAGAGCGCAAGAUUUCUUGGGCCCGGCGCAAGGGAGAAAAGUCCAACACCACCUGUAGCACAUCAAGGGAGCAAUCAAUGUGGCAGUGCUGCAGGUGCAAAUAACAAUCACCCAUUGUUUCGCGCUUGCUCCUCAUCCUCGUGUCCAGAUAUUUGUGAUCAUAGUACAAAGCCAUUUGGCAACGCUUACGGCACCGAAUCAUUUAGAAGCUACGAAACAGCCGAUCGUGCUACCUUCGAGGACGCUGCCGCCAAAUUCUCGAUCAGCCGCAGUCGAACAGACUGCACGGAGGUCAGCGACGAGACGACGUCGGGCAUAUCAUUCAAAACCGAACCCUUCGGACCGCCCAGCAGUCCCGAGUCUACAAACGAUAGCAAAAUAACGCGCAGCCUCGACGACUGCUCCGGCUGCGGACGGCAAAUACAGGAUCGCUUCUACCUCUCCGCUGUGGAAAAACGAUGGCAUGCAAGUUGCCUACAGUGCUACGCCUGUCGGCAGCCGCUGGAACGGGAAUCCUCAUGCUACUCACGUGACGGCAACAUUUAUUGCAAAAACGAUUAUUAUAGUUUUUUUGGUACUCGCCGGUGCUCGCGGUGCCUGGCAUCCAUCAGCUCAAACGAGCUGGUCAUGCGCGCCCGAAAUCUUGUCUUUCACGUCAACUGCUUUUGCUGCACUGUCUGCCACACGCCACUGACGAAGGGAGACCAGUACGGCAUCAUCGACGCCCUCAUAUACUGCAGGUCGCACUACAGCAUAGCGAGGGAAGGGGAUACCGCCUCAUCCAGUAUGAGCGCCACCUACCCGUACAGCGCGCAGUUCGGUUCGCCCCACAACGACUCCUCGAGCCCGCACUCGGACCCUAGUCGAAGCAUUGUUCCUACGGGCAUCUUUGUGCCCGCGUCCCACGUAAUCAACGGACUGCCGCAGCCGGCCCGUCAAAAGGGCAGACCCCGCAAGCGCAAGCCCAAGGACAUAGAGGCGUUCACCGCUAACAUAGAUCUCAACACUGAGUACGUGGACUUUGGCCGAGGCUCGCACCUAAGCUCUUCAUCGCGCACCAAACGAAUGCGCACCUCGUUUAAGCAUCACCAGCUGCGUACCAUGAAGUCCUACUUUGCCAUUAAUCAUAACCCAGAUGCGAAGGAUCUAAAACAAUUGUCGCAGAAAACUGGUUUACCAAAGAGGGUCCUACAGGUCUGGUUUCAAAAUGCAAGGGCCAAAUGGCGCCGCAUGAUGAUGAAGCAGGAUGGAAGCGGCUUACUAGAGAAGGGCGAAGGCGCUCUGGACCUCGACAGCAUCUCCGUGCACAGUCCUACGUCGUUUAUAUUGGGAGGACCCAACAGUACUCCGCCACUAAACUUGGACUAACGGAUGCUCAGGAAAAGCGAAAACAAAAUGGUAGUGUCAAAUAAACUGGGCGCUGCAGGCACCUCCGACAUCAUACUUUCUUAUGCCAGUUUAUUCGCGUGCCUCAUUCAUAGUCACAGACCCAGUUUGAGUACUAAAUCCGGAGAUUUGUUUAGAUCAAGCGCAGCUAGCUCUUGAAUGCUAUGUGCUCGUCGUAUAGGAAUCAAUUUGAAAAGCAUGCCUUGUGUUCAAGUGUGGAGUGUUGAUUCAUGCAUAUGUACAACGCCUCGGAAAGGAUUGACUAGCAAAUGGCUGGCAGUUCAAAUGCACAGAAAUGAUGUAUUUUUGUAUUUGCCUCUCGAACACGUUGCCACCACUACAUGGCUCCUCCUUACCCCCCAUGUUGUUUUUAUAGAUUUAGCGUUCACUUGUAAAUAUGUAAUGUAAUCACUUUAUUUUAAAUGACCCAUAUUAACCUGGCUACCCCUGUAUUUUGUAUUCUUUUAAAGCGCAGAAUAUCAAUUUGAAUAUAUAAUUGGUAGGUACAUUGGAAAUAUGAAUCAAAAGAAGGUGGAUUUUUUAAAGAUUACCAAUAUGUAAAGCUAUUAUAAUAACAUAACAAAUAAAACAGCACUUAGUUAAAUUACAAUUUGUUUGAACAUUUUUCUAAAUAAUUUCCAUCAUUUUACCAGUUAAGUUAUCGGGAAGUAGAAUUUUUAAAACAUUUACAGAAAAAACGAAUCAAAAUAUGACUAAAUACGUAUUAAUACCAAACAGCGAACUGCGUGAUAUUUUCAAAUUAUAAUGAUCGAUCUUAUAAAAGCAAAACAGCAUUACCGUCUGAUUCGUCUGAUACCGUCAAUGAUUAUUACCCUGAUCCUUUAUGCAGAAAAACACCGAACACGCUUUUGUUCAGUGACACGACUACAGGAAACCAAUUGUAUUUUAAAAUACAUUUUCCGUUAAAUAUACAUCUAAGGACAGGUCAUGUCCUGCAUCAUAUGUAUUUCCCACUGGCAAUGUUGUUAACAAGCAUUCACCUUGUGGAUAGAUACAAAAAUUCAGAUUUUAAUAUUGUAUUCAAGAAAGGAAGCGUGCCAUUUUUUUCUGUAUAUACAUAGGUAAAAAAAGUUUGACGCCCAUUUUAAAGUGCACAUGCGGUAGACGAAGAAUGUAACACUCUCUUUUAAGCCAAAUUUAGUAUACUCCAAUGUUCUACGACAAACGGACCGAUUGUGAGCUAUAGUAAGUUUAACUGCAGCUCCAUCUUUUUUUGAUUCAUAAAUGUAUAAUGGUGUGAGAGAAAACAUUUUAUGGCGUAUAUAGUUCAAGCUUAGAUACUUAGAGUACAGUGCCCAGAACGCGCUUAAAAAUACCUAAAACGGGUUGUUAAAGAAGUCCCAUAUGUAUAAUUCUCUAGGUACAUGGAUAUUGUUAAUAUAUUAUUAUUUUUAUUUAAAGAACUCGCAAUACAAUAUGUAUGAAGAAAUGUGCGUAAAUCAGCGUACAAUGAAAUGCAGAUGCAUUCGUAUUAUAUAUAUGUAACUAAUAUUUAUUGCCCAAAUUGAAUAGUUAGAGACGAAUUUAGUUUAGAGCAGUCUAUACAAUAAAGUCCAUAUGUACAUGUAGUAUUACGGUAAAGUAAUAGCUUCGCUCAAGCAUUCGACCAGGCUCGUAAGCUAUUAAUACGAAACUGUCAUUAUAAUCAAAUCACUAAACACUGAGAGAUUUGUACUUACAUAUAGUUAACUCAUAAGUCUAACCAUAGAAGCUUAAAUAAAACUUAUUCAAGCAACAA